GAAGGCAAGUCUUUCCUAGAGCUGAAGGAGGAGUUUGGGAAGGAGAACCUCGGCAUUAAAUUCGUGGAAGAGGAGUUGAAGGUGUAUAACAUGUCAGAGCAUCGCUAUGAGGAUCUGGUGAGGAAUCCACCACCGCUAGGCGUUGACGCCACCAAGAAAGAGAGCUAUUUGUCCGACAACGAAUUCAAGGAAAUCAUGCAGAUGACGAAGGAGGAAUUUUACAAGAAACCGGAAUGGAAACGUAUAGACAUGAAGAAAAAAGCCGGAUUAUUCUAAACGCUAGCGAGUUACAUCGUGGAUAUCUUAUGAAAUAUGAUAUAGUACAAUGAUAUAUAUCAAAUAUAAAUAAAUAAAUAAAUAAAAAAAUAAAUAUAUUAUAUAUAUAUAUAUAUAUAUAUAUAUAUAUAUUUCCACUACGUCAAACCGAUUGAUAAAAGCUUCCAUGCUGUGAUUAAAAGAGGAUAGAGUUUAGGAAUACGUUAAUCAUAUAUUAAUUCAACGUAAUCUUACCGCUAACGAAUCAUUGCCAAAGGAAGGUUAAUACGGGAGUAAAGAUCCAGGUGUACAUUUUACAAACGGGUGCUAUUACGAUGGUUAUUAGCGGAAACAUUUAGGGGAAAAUCAAUACAAUACAAUACAAUACUAUAUCGAAUGCUGACGUUUCCUGCAACAAUUUAAAAGGUUCCACUGUCAGAGCACAGCCCACACUUAUCUUAAUAAAACCCUAUGCCAAACUCUAAUGGUAAUUAUAGGCCUAUAGCCAUAACCCAGCCGCAACCCAAACGUUAACCACCACCUAAUCUCCAACUCUAUCCCUAAGCGUAAUCAUACCCCAAUCUCUUAACCCCAACUCUAAUCACAUUGGUGUUUUAUCAUUUGGAAGUGUGCCUUCUUCCACAUUCCCCUUGAAGAUUCUGUUCUCUCUGUCUGUCUCCCUCCCAUUUGCUCCACCUCUCGUUCUCCCUGCUUAUUUGCAUGGUAAUAAACUAUACUGUCGAACCUGCACUCUAGCUGUCUUUACACGAGCCAACUUCGCGUUCAUAUAUUGUGCUGUUACCAGGGCAACGCGUUUGGAUAUUUUAGAAAAACGAAUGUAGGAUAUAUAAGACGGUUGGUUUUCUGCGGUAUAUGCUACGGUUUGCUACCGUGUCGAGUGACCAUGUUACGAAAUAUUUUUUAAGUGAAUAAAAACGCAAAAUCAUGAUUUUAAA